GUGGCGUAGGCCGCAAACACUCUAGAUAGAGUUUGCCCCUCGAGGGAAGCCACAUCGGGAUGAGCUCUGCCGGAGAUGAGAUGCCCACUGCCGCGAGCGGAGAAGAGAUCCGCUCGCCGGUGGAGGAGGGCCGCGAUGCAGAGCUUGCAAGUUUGCAACGGCAGAUUUCGCGAUUGGCGGCCCUGGUGGAGGAGUCGAUGAAGAAGAACGAGCCUGGCAGCGUCGUGGCGGAUGCAGUCAGCUGGUCAGCUGGGUUGCUACCACGGGAGGCCAACAAGAACCAACGCAGCAGCUCGGCGGUGGCGGGGGAUUUCUCCAGCAGCAAGCGAGAGAUGGUGGGCAAGAACCACGGCAGCUGCUGGAAGGUGGCUGGGCCAGCAGAUCGGGAGCGAAUCCUGCGAGACCAGCCGGAGUGGGCCCGGGCAUAGGACCGGACUACGGGGAAGCGAGGGGGUUAAACCCCCUAAGGGAGAUACCCGUGAUUCGAGGAAAUGGAGAAUACCUCGACGGCUACAGCAGUAGCCACCAGAAAAGAGUGACGGUCAAUGCCCCACUUCUAGACGGAAAUAGCCGUAGCCACGGAUUUGAUUCGUGGCGAAAAUCGUUCAUCCAAGCUGCGAAGACCAUCGACUUGGACGGGCAGUUUAUAGGAGAUGCAGAGAGCAUCCCCGUGGCCGACCCAAACUUGCCGACUUCCGAACUGCUCCGUAGGGGGCACACGAGAGCAGAAGUCCAACGAGGGCUUCAGGCGUUCCAUUUCAUCACUAUUGCUGUGGUAAAAAAAGCUGACAAAGCAAUCAUCAGUAGCUGGACGUCAGCGAAAGAGGUCCUCGCGGAAUUGGUAAAGGUCUACGAUCCGGAGUCACAGGGGUCAAAACAGGCCUUGAUGCGUAAGAUGUUCGUGCAAUCCCCACACACAGCAACAGCAACCCCAUCGAGCACCCCUACUCACUCGAGUUGCUGUAUGCCCGCCUGCGCGAAAAGGGGCUCAAUGCUGAACAACCCUUCGUUCUCGCCCACUUCGUUGGUUCCCUCCCACCCGAGUACCAACAAGCGAAGUUCCUGUUGGAGACAGCAACGGCGCUGGAUAGGGCCGAGAUCGUCAGGAUCGUGAGCACGGUGCACGCGAGCCUCCCGGAGGGAAGGAAGGCCUCGAAGGGCCAGCGUAGGGCGGAGCAUGCUCUCCUCGCGAGUGACGGUGGCGGCGGGGGAGGAGCGCCGGGCCGCGGCAA